UACGUACUUAAACAAAUGUUCAUGUAUUUACAAUAAAAAUAAAAUAUGAAAAUAAGAAUAAAUAAAUUUUAAUAAUGGCAGUAUAAAAUUAAAAUAAAAUAAACUGGGAAAUGGCAAAGAUAAUAAAAAUCAAAAGAAAAAGUAGAGUAUAAAAUAGAAAACAGAAAGGAAAAGGAGAAAGCAAAAAAGAAAGAAAGAAAGGAAAACAGAAAAAGAAAAGGAAAACCAAGAAAGAGAAGAAAGGAAAAAGUCUCGCUCGUUGGACAAGCCCAACUGCCCUGGUCUUCAUGCGCGGAUUCCUUUGCGCUCGCUUAAGGUGAGCGAUAGGAAUCCUGAUACUGUGAGGGCAAACAAACAUGAGUAUCAAUAACCCCCCUAAAAAAACAUGAGUACCAAUAACUACAAUGGCCAACAGUCCAUAGAAUCUAGAUUAUUCAGUUAAAGCAGCACGACUACAAAGAAGAGAACAAUAAAUAUUUCACAUGUAGUUUGUGAACAUCGUCUUCCCAGGGUUGAGCGGUUGACUUCAGGAGGAAGGGCGCAACUGCACAUACCACAUAACUGCCAAAAUGGAACCUGAAAUUCAUCGGCCGGCCACAUAUUUCUGUUGCUAUCUAGAUAAAGGCUCACAGAACCUACAAUGUGGUUAUUCUUGUCACUUCUCUGAACGCACAUUACAAUAAUGCUUAAAAAAAUGGGUUAUUACCAAAGCGUGCUGAUUACAAGAAAACAUGAAGUAUUAUAGCCUUUUGCAAUGUUAAGCUGACGUGGAUGGGCUGUUUCCGAUGGAGCCCAAGCUCCAACGAUGUAGGAAUGGACAAGGAGAUGAAACAACAGCUACAACAAGAAACAAGCCCGCCACCAUUUGGCUUCUGCUUGUGCUAACAAUAAUCUAAGCAGUGAACUAUAUGAUGGUAAAGCUAGCUUUGGACGUUAUUGGUCCUGCUCAUUAUUUUUUCUAGCCUUGGGUAAGUUCCGCGCAAUUUUCUGAACUGAGAUUAAGAUAAACUAUCCGUAUUGGACCACAACUUGAGCCCAAUUGGAGCACUCUGUCCAAAUUUUGUAGGUUAUCGGAUCUAAUACAUGAAAAGGUGAAGUGGUGUAGAAGUUUAAGCCCUCCAAGAAUUAAUAACUUAACUAUGUGCACGGGCCAGAUGCCUCAUUAAUUAGUAAUUACACGUAGCUGAGUCAUAUGGGAACAAGAACAAUGAUACUAAGAGGGUGUUUGUUUCCAGGGACUUAUUGAUUUAGGGACUUAAAAAAGUCUCUAUGAUUCCCAUCUAAACCAAACAGGAGGGACUUAUAGGGACUUAAAGUGGGCAUUUGGGACUUAUGAAAUAAGACUCUCAAGAAGGGACUUAUAGGGACUUAUAGUUGUAAUAUGGUCUUUUAGUCCAUGUUAAGUCUCAGGAAUCAAACAGGUAGAGACUUUUUAGGGACUUGGAACUUAUAAGUUGGGACUAAAAUAAGUCCUAAAACUUAUGAACCAAACAGGGCCUAAUGCAUUGUUUAAGACUGUACAAUCAAGAGGGCUACAAAUCAUGAUAUAGCACGGACACCCCAAGGAAUCAAGUUUUACUAACUAACAAGAGACUGAACCGGGAAGAAUAUUACUACCAAAACAGAGGCUAUAUACUGGAACAUAUCCGGUGCACCCACACUUGUGGUGCUACAGGUGCACCGGAUGCCGUAGGACAUUUCAAAAAAUGUGAAAAAGAAAAUCUAGCAAUUCUGAAAUGAAAGUCACGAUUCUUUCUGAAGGUAAGUGCCAAAGGUUCCCGGUUCAGUCUUAGUGUUGUCCAACAAACAAAAAGAUAUUACAAAACAUCACAUGAUGAUAAUAUUAGUAUAACUAGGCAGAGAUGUUGAAUGACUUAGAAGUACCUUCAGUUUUUUUUUUGUGCGAAUACCUUCAGGUUAAUUAUGGCACACACAUGACAAAGGAAAAUGGCAAAAACAAAGUUGAAAGCGAACUAACCUUCAGUAGAAUAUGGACACAAACAAAGCAAGACGAUGCAACUCGGGGGAUAGUUUCUAAGGACAACAUUAGUUUUAUACUCAUGAUUCCUUCUUGAUUGCAUCCAGAUACCAACUCUCUUCAAAUCAACAUUCAUUUUCCUUUAUGCGGCUACUUGAAACCAGCAUUUGGCAACUCCUUCGAGUUACUGCAUCUGGGCUGUAAUGGCUGCUUCAGCAAUAGGAGGAUGGGUGGCCUCAGCCUUCAUCACCAAGCUAGUUGAGAAGGUGUGCUCCUAUGCUGGAGAUCAGUAUGAAUACCAACGGAAAGAUACAAAGGAGAAACUAAGAAUCCUAGAGAAGAAUCUAUCGUCGAUCCAAACAGUGAUACAUAUAGCUGAGAGAGUGCAGGCAAAGAACACAGCCAUGGGAAGUUGGCUAAGGAGAAUCAAAGAUGCCGCCUGUCAAGCUGAGGAUGUUCUUGAUUUGUUUGACUAUCGAGUUCUCCAAGCACAAACUGAAGACAGGGGCAUGAUUAGCUCAGUUGCUUCAGCUGCAGCUGGCUCAUCUUCUUCAUCCUCAAGCACCAUCACCACUGCCUCUACCACCACUAGCAGUAGUAGCAACUCAACGGUAAAUCAGUCGGUUCGUCUUCUCAAACGCUUCCUUUUCUCUGAUGAAGAUAUAGAUGAGUUGAUUUCUGUAGUCGAUAAGUUUGUUGAGAUUGAUAGUGAGAUGCAAAGAUUUCUGGAAUUUGUGAAGAUAGAGGACAGCAGGACAGAACAGGCAGUUCAGUGGCGCACAACAACCUCCAUGCCAGGCUCAGGGAAGUUUUUUGGUCGAGUUAAUGAAGAAAACAAACUGAAGAGAUUACUUGUUCAGAUCAAUGAGCAAUCCAGUCAUCCAUAUGAUGUUAUAUCAAUUGUUGGUAUUGGUGGUGUUGGUAAGACAACGUUAGUACAGAGAGUGUAUGACCAAUUGCAUGACACAGAUCACUUUGAUCUCACAGUAUGGCUCCAUGUCUCAGAUAAAUUUGAUGUUGGACGUCUAACAAAAGAGAUGACACAGUCAGAUAAUCUCAGCAGUAGUUUAGAUCAAGCUCAGAGGAUACUUGGGGAUAAGCUGAAUGGGAAAAAGGCUUUGAUAGUCCUUGACGAUGUAUGGAAUGUAUUGAGGAGCCAAUUGGAGAACCUGUUCAAACCCCUGAAGUUUGCUAGCAAGGGCAGCAAAGUAAUAGUUACAACUCGAAGUAAAAAUGUUGCAAGAAUGAAUGAAUCAACAAAGAUCAUGCACUUACAUGGCUUGGAAGACAAAGACUACUGGAGUUUCUUUUCACAAUGUGCAUUCGGUGAUGAAAAUCCUUCUGAUUUUCCACGACUGGAAGAAAUUGGCCGAGAAGUGGUGAGCAAGUUGGCAGGAUCACCUUUAGCUGCAAUGACAGUUGGGAGUUCAUUGAAACCGGUGCUAAAAGAAAAACAUUGGAGUUCUAUCUGUGGAAGGAAAUUGUGUCAAAUAGAGCAAAAGGAAGAUGAUAUCAUAUCAGUAUUGCGACCGAGUUAUGAGCAUCUUCCUGACCAUUUGAAGCAAUGCUUUGUUUACUUUGCAUUGUUUCCUAAGAAAUACCACCUUCGAGGAGAUGAGCUAAUACAGAUGUGGAGAGCUCACGGUUUCCUUGACACGCAAACACCAGAUGAAACUGCACGUCGUUACAUCAAUGAUCUCUUGCAGCUUUUAUUCAUUGAGAAGGUACCCAACCGAGAGGACCACUAUGUAGUUCACGACUUGCUACAUGAUUUUGCAGAGUCGGUGUCCAAUGGAGAACACUUCCGAAUAGAAGAUGACUUAGAUGUAUGUAUUCCAAGAAAUGUUCGCCACCUAUAUGUCAGUGCAAGCAAUAUCUUAAAGGUGUACAUGAGUUUGGAAGACUUAAAGAAAAAUCUGAGAAGCUUAAUAAUAAGCAAGGCACAAGAAGGUGCUUCUUGCGAAAGGGUCUCCUCGUCAAACUUUAAUCAUGUACUUGAACAUAUACUCAAAGAGCUAAGAAGCUUACGCGUUUUAGUACUGUGCAAUCCUGAUGGUAUGCUUCCAGACAGUCUUGAUCAUUUGGUCCAUCUUAGGUAUCUAAACAUCCAUGAAAGUAGAAACUUCAUCAAUGUCAAGUCAUUAUUCAAACUCUACCAUUUACAAGGGUUGAGUCUGCAAGUUCAAGACAUGAUCAUGAAAAAGGAACUCCAAGAGGGCUUAAGUAGGUUGACCCAGUUAAGAUACUUAAAGGCUCCAGAGAAAAUAAUUUCAAGGAUAGAAUUGAUUGGCAGGCCGAGAUCCCUCAAAAGAACUAGAGGAGAACAAAGUGAAGAGUAAUAUGAGGCACAACAUAUGCCAACUGAGGGAGUUGAAUGAACUUCGAGGGAUGCUAACCAAAAAAAAUCUUCAGAAUGUAAGAUGCAGGGAACAAGUAACAUGAUUCAUCUCACACCCCUUGAGUCUCUGUGCAUAGAGAAAUGUCCAAAACUUGAAUCUCUUCCCCAGAUAGGCUUACUACCUCUUUCCCUGAAGAAACUCAGUGUCAUAAGAUGCAGCAAAACAUUUGGACAGCUCUGCUCUGAGAUCAACAUAAGCAGCACCAACACCAUACAGCAGGUUAUCGUGAGGGAAC